AUGGCUGUUAAGAUUGAAUCAUCUUAUAUCCUCAAGGAGUUUGUGAGUCCAGAGGCCCCCAAGGAAGAGGAAGAAAGCGAUGAGGAGCAGAUAACGGAGGAGGACAGCUGGGUUGUAAUAGGGUCGUUUUUUGGUAGUCAUGGAUUGGUGAACCAGCAGAUAGAGAGUUAUAACGACUUUAUAGAAUAUAGGAUGCAAGAAAUUAUAGAUGAACAUCCACAGAUUGAAAUAAGACCACAACCACAAUACAGAUCAGAUAAAGAAGAAAAUAAUAAUAUAAUAUAUUCUUUAAAAUUUGGACAGUUAUCUUUAGAUAGACCAUUUUAUGAUGAAAGGAAUAUGAUAAAUAAAAAUUUAUGGCCUCAAGAAGCACGGUUACGUAAUUUAACAUACUCAUCAGCUAUAUAUAUAGACAUAGAACAGAACACAUAUAUAAUAGAUGAAGUAACAAAGAAGCAAAUAUUAAAAGAAAAAUUUAUAUAUGAGAGGAUAAAUUUAGGGAGAAUACCGUUAAUGUUAAAAUCAAUGUUCUGUUGGACCAAAGGAUUACCAGAAAAUGAAAUUGCAGAUAUGGGGGAAUGUGCAUUUGAUCAAGGUGGUUACUUCAUUGUUAACGGAGGAGAAAAGGUAUUAGUAGCACAAGAACGAAUGGCUAAUAAUUUUAUUUAUGUAUUUAAAAAAAAGCAACCAUCGAAAUUUGGAUGGAUAGCAGAAAUUAGAUCACAGAUGGAAAAGUCUCAAGCGACUUCUGCAUUUUCUGUAAAAAUGAAAACCAAAGGAGGAACAGGAGUAGGUGUAUCUCGGGGUAGUAGUAAUAGUAGUUCGUCCAAAGCAGGUGGACAAUUAGUAGCAACAUUACCAUAUAUAAGGACCGAAAUAUCUGUUGGUAUAUUAUUUCGAGCGUUAGGAUGUACCUCAGAUAGAGAUAUAUUACAAAGAAUUGUAUAUGAUUUUAAUGACAAGUUGAUGAUAAAUACUUUAAGAGAAACAUUAGAAGAAUGUAUUGAUUAUCCUACACAAGAUAUUUGUUUAGAUUUUAUUGGGAAGAGAGGACCUACUGUUGGUGCUUCUAGAGAAAAGAGAAUUUUAUAUGCAAAGGAAUUGCUACGUAAAGAGGUAUUACCACAUAUGGGUACAGGUCCAGGGGUAGAAAGUAAAAAAUCAUAUUUUAUCGGUUAUAUGAUAAAUAGAUUAUUAUUAGCAGAGUUAGGACGAAUUAAAGAAGAUGAUAGAGAUCAUUUUGGGAAAAAAAGAUUAGAUAUAGCUGGACCAUUGAUGGCAAGUAGCUUUUCAACGUACUUUAGGAAAAUGGCAAAAGAUGUAAGAAGAGUAUUACAAAGACAAAUAGAUAACAAUAAACCAUUUGAUGUAGCUGGUGCUAUUAGGAGUUGUUCACAAAUUACUCAAGGAAUGCAGUAUCAAUUAGCUACAGGUAACUGGGGAAAGGAUAAAGAUGGAAAAGUAAUCAGAACAGGUGUAGCACAAGUAUUAAACCGGUUAACCUAUUCUUCUUGUUUGUCCCAUUUGAGAAGAUUGAACACCCCUUUGGGUAGAGAAGGGAAGAUGGCUAAACCAAGGCAAUUACAUAAUACACAUUGGGGUAUGAUAUGUCCAUUUGAAACACCAGAAGGACAAUCCGUUGGUCUUGUUAAAAAUUUAUCUUUAAUGUGUGAUAUAAGUGUUGGUACCUCUACUAAUAAUAUAUAUGAGUUUUUAUUAGAAUGGGGUUUAGAAUCCUUAGAUGAAGUGCCUCCUCAAUUAAUGAAGGAAAAAGUAAAAUUGUUUCUAAAUGGAAAAUGGGUAGGAUGUUUUAAUCAAAUUGACAAUUUAAUUGAAACAUUGUAUGAGUUAAGAAGACGAUGUGAUAUAUCACCUGAAGCAUCUAUUGUUAGAGAUGUAAACAGUAAAGAAAUUAAAAUUUUUACCGAUUCGGGUAGGGCAAUGAGACCAUUAUAUGUUGUUAAGAAUGUGAAUGGUGAAAAUAGAUUGAAAUUAACUAAGGAGCAUGUUAGAAACAUAUCUAAACAUCCAGAUACGUAUAAUUGGGAUUAUUUAAUACAAGAAGGCAUUAUAGAAUAUAUUGACUGUGAAGAAGAAGAGACGACUAUGAUCAGUAUGUUUAUUGAUGAUUUAAAGACAGGUACAGGAUAUUAUAAUAAUUAUACUCAUUGUGAAAUACAUCCAUCCUUAAUACUAGGCGUCUGUGCUUCUAUUAUACCAUUUAGUGAUCAUAAUCAAAGCCCUCGUAAUACAUAUCAAAGUGCAAUGGGUAAACAAGCUAUGGGUAUAUAUGUUACAAAUUUUAAUAUACGAUUAGAUACAUUAGCUCAUUUGUUAUACUAUCCACAAAGACCAUUAGUAUGUACCAAGGUAAUGGAGUACUUACGAUUCCGGGAUUUACCUGCAGGAAUUAAUGCUAUUGUUGCAAUUAUGUGUUAUACUGGAUAUAAUCAAGAAGACAGUUUAAUUAUGAACCAGUCAUCUAUUGAUAGAGGUUUGUUCAGGAGCGUAUUCUAUCGUAGUUACACCAGUGAAGAGAAACAACAAGGUAGUUUAAUUAUUGAGUCGUUUGAAAAACCGUCCAUCAGAGUUGUUAAAAAUUUAAAAAGAGCAGACUAUACAAAGUUAGAUGAUGAUGGACUAAUAGCUCCAGGAAUUAGGGUUUUAGGAGAUGAUGUAAUAAUAGGAAAGGUAUCACCGAACAUCGAGGAUGAAGAUGAUAUAGUCAUACAAAGAAAGGUGCCUACAACACAGGUUUAUAGUAGCACAGGUGCUAUCUCUUCUUCUUCUUUGACUUCAUCUUCUGCAUUAUCUUCUUCUGCUGCUGCUAGUAGUGGUGGUGGUCAUACAUCCUCUUCAUUGAGUAGUUCUUUGUUAACACGUGGAAAUGUUGAUAGCCCGUAUGCUUCUCCUAUAAUUUCAUCAAACGUUCUGGACAGUCCUCCAGAUUCACCUGUUAGUGAUAAGUAUAGUAUUGAUGGUGGUAGCGGUGGCGGUGUUGUUGGUGCACCAAGUAUUAUAUCUGCUAGUCCAUCCAGUACAACAUAUUAUAGUACUACAGCUGGUGGAGGAGAUACGUACUAUGCAAGUACAAAUAAUGCAAAAUAUGGAACAACAGCUAUUAGUACCACUACAAAAGAUGAUACAGAAUUACCAACGUUAACAAUUAGUACCUCAAAUAUAUUAAAACAAUAUAAAAAAGAUUGUUCUUUAAGUUUACGAGCAAAUGAAAAUGGAGUAGUUGACACAGUUAUGUUAUCAUCAAAUAGUAGAGGAAACAAAUUUGCUAAGGUAAAAGUACGUUCUGUCCGUAUCCCACAGAUAGGUGAUAAAUUUGCAAGUAGACAUGGACAAAAGGGUACAAUAGGAAUUACAUAUAGAAUUGAAGAUAUGCCAUUUAGUUCAGAUGGUACAUAUCCAGAUAUAAUUAUGAAUCCACAUGCUGUUCCAUCUCGUAUGACUAUUGGGCAUUUAGUAGAAUGUUUGUCAGGAAAAGUGGCAGCAAUAGAAGGAAGUGAAGGGGAUGCAACACCAUUUUCUAAAAUAACAGUUCAAGAAAUUUCAAAUAAAUUGCAUAAAUUAGGAUAUGAGAAAUAUGGAAAUGAUAUAUUAUAUAAUGGACAUAAUGGGAAAAUGUUAAAAUCAAAAAUUUUUAUUGGUCCGACUUAUUAUCAAAGGUUAAAACAUAUGGUUGAAGAUAAAAUACAUGCUAGAAGUAGAGGACCUUUAACUAUGAUUACACGUCAACCAACAGAAGGAAGAUCAAGAGAUGGUGGUCUACGUUUUGGUGAAAUGGAAAGAGAUUGUAUGAUUUCACAUGGUUCAGCAAAAAUGCUCAAAGAAAGAUUAUUUGAAGAAAGUGAUGCUUAUCGUGUACAUGUUUGUGAUAACUGUGGUUUAUGUUGUAUUGCUGACAUUAACAAAAAUGCCUACGAAUGUACUGUGUGUAAUAGCAAAACGAACAUUUCCCAGAUUUACAUUCCCUAUGCAUGCAAAUUGUUGUUUCAGGAACUUAUGACCAUGGCUAUAUACCCCAAGCUUGUGCUCGAGGACAUGUGA